CAUAGAAGUGUCUUUGGUAAAUAAUUUUCUUUAUAACUUUGCUAAAACAAUGAUACCUCUUGAUUCCAGAAAGACUGAGAAAACUGCUCCCACUGCUCUGUUGCAGUAGAGAGGGGGGAUGGGACACACUGAUGUGAUACUGGUGUGAGUCACAUAGAUCUAACAUGAAUUAACGAAAGGAAAGCUUUUUCUCCCUUUGAAGCUAGAACUGAGGUCAUUUUGACUCUUCUUGAAGAUUGCCUUUGCCCAAUGGCCUUUGAGGAGCUCCUGGAUGAAGUUGGUGGCCUGGGAAAAUUCCAGAUCCUUCAGAUGGUUUUAAUUUUUCCUUCCCUCAUGAUAAUAGUUUGUCAAAUACUUUUGGAGAACUUCACUGCGGCCAUUCCUCGUCAUCGUUGCUGGGUCCACAUUCUUGAUAAUGACGCUGUCUCUGAUAAUGACACUGGAUUCCUCAGUCCUGAUGUUCUCCUGAGAAUCUCCAUCCCACUAGAUUCAAACCUGAAGCCAGAGAAAUGUCAUCGUUUCCUUCACCCCCAGUGGCAACUCCUUCACCUGAAUGGGACCUUCCCCAACAUGACUGACCUGGACAUGGAGCCCUGUGUGGACGGCUGGGUGUAUGACCACAGCUUGUUCUCCUCCACCAUCGUGACUGAGUGGGACCUCAUUUGUGACCAUCAGUCACAGAAACCAGUGGCUCAAUCCCUAUUCUUGGCUGGAAUGCUGGUGGGAGGCUUCAUAUAUGGCCAUCUCUCAGAUAGGUUUGGGCGGAAGUUGAUUCUCAGGUGCUGUUUGCUCCAGCUCGCCGUCUCUGGGACCUGCACAGCCUUUGCUCCCACCUUCCUCAUUUACUGCUCCUUACGCUUCUGGUCAGGCUGUUCUGCUGUGGUCAUCGUGGCAAACAACAUUAUGCUGAUUAUAGAGUGGACAAGAUCCCGGUCAAAAGCCGUGAUAUUAACACUGAUAUCCUGUACCUUUAGUAUGGGACAGGUGAUGCUGGGAGGACUGGCUUUCGUUUUUCGAGAGUGGCGCACCCUACAGCUGGUGGUGUCUGUACCUUUCUUUGUCUUCUUUCUCUCCUCAAGGUGGCUGGUGGAAUCUGCUCGGUGGCUGAUUAUCACCAAUAAACCAGAUAAGGGCUUAAAGGAACUUAAGAAAGUUGCACACAGAAAUGGAAUGAAGAAUGCUGAAGCAACCCUGAACAUGGAGGGUUUGAGAGUGACGAUGCAGGAGGAGCUGAAGACAGCACAAAUGAAAACUACUGUGUUUGACUUGUUCCGCACACCCAACCUGCGAAAAAGAAUCUGUCUUCUGUUCUUUGUGAGAUUUGGAACCACAAUACCCUAUUUUGGCAUCUUCAUCAAUCUACAACACUUUGGGAGCAACAUAUUCCUCUUCCAGGUCAUCUUUGGAGCUCUCACUUGCUUAACCCGAUGUCUUAUACCUCCAGUAUUGAAUCACAUAGGCCGUCGACCAACCCAGACGUUUUUCAUGUUCCUGGUGGGACUUUCCAUUUUGGUCAACACGUUUGUGCCCCAAGAAAUGCAGACCGUGCGUGUGACUUUGGCAAGUGUGGGAAUGGGCUGUGUUGCUGCCUCUAACACCAGUAUUUCUGUCCACUUUGUUGAACUCCUCCCCACUCUUGUCAGAGCAAAAGCUGCAGGCAUAGAUAUGAUGGCUAGUAGGUGUGGGGCAGCACUGGCUCCCCUGCUGAUGACCCUGGUGGUGUAUCUACCCACUCUGCCCUGGAUCAUCUAUGGAGUGUGUCCCAUCAUUGCUAGUCUUCUCGUCCUUCUCCAACCUGAAACCAGACAUCUGCCUCUGCCUGACACCAUCCAGGAUGUGGAAAAUAAGAAACAAUUCUCAAGAAAAGUAAAUGAGGAAGAUUUCUGCAUAAAAGUGACAAAAUUUUAAGGACAUUUUAUGACUGACCAGGGAGGAAAGGAAAACUAUGAAGAACAAAACUUGGAGUUUUCCUUAAUAUCUACAAAGUAGCAAGUAAAUAUACUGGAAAAUUAAAUCUAAUUUAUAAUUAUUGCCUUAGUAUUCACUUAAACAUAUAAUUUCUUGGUACAUGUUCCAUGAGCAGUUCAAUAUUUAAGGAAAGUAGUUGAAAAGUUUAAGAUCUAUCAAUAAAUUAUUAAUAGACAAGAUAAUUCAGAAACAGAGGAAUGUCAUGGAAUUAGUAUGUGACUGCUUGAUAUGUGGGACAGCAUAUGGUGAACUGUCCAUAAAUGUACAGAACAAUAUAAGAUAUGAAACCAAAAAUCAAAAGAAAUCCAGAAACAGAUACUAAUAUAUAUGUGUAUAUAAAUAAAUAAAUAAAUAUAUAUACUUAAGACAUGAUACAUUUGACAUCAUAAAUCUCUCCAAAUAGAAGGAUUAUGUGAUAUGUGGAAAUACAUUCAUUGAAAUAAGAAUGUUGACCUUCUCAUGGUGAAAUUUUAAAUGAUUAUUACUUUCUCUUUGCAAUUUUCUCUUUUCAUAUUUUCAAUAGUUAGCAUAUGUAAUUUAAAAUUCUUUGAAUUUAUUAACAUUGGAUGGCAAAUAUAGAAUAAGCAAAUUAUAAAAUGUGUAUGUAUUAAAUACAAUCACUGAAAAUUAAAGUUAUAUUCUUAGUGCCAUGGCUAAUUAAUAAGAAAAGCUUUUCUAAUUAAUAGUAAUUACUGAAGACAAAUGGUAAUUAAUAAAAGAUAAAUCCAGUUUGAAAUAUAAGUUUUCAUUUU